AUUUAAUUAUAAUGAUAAUAAAUCUGGCAUUUGGCUAGUCCCAAUGUUAUCAUGCUCUCUGCAUGAGGUUCUUAGUUAUGUAUUUUUAUUUAAAUGAUAAUUGUUGUUAGUCACUGAUGUAUAACUACGAGGAAGUCAUUAAUUUUCAUGAAACUGUUUGUCGAAGGAAAGUCUUACUUUGUCUUUAUCUUUGUUCGUUAUCCGAAUGCGCUUAUGCAACGAAACUCACAUGGAACAAAAGAAAUUGAUACUGAAUUAAGAACUGAAUAGUUUUAUGAGACUGCUUGGUGAAAGAAAUCCUGAUUUGCUGUUUUAAUUUGUCCUUGUUAGACAAAACCCUACAAUGAACCGAGUUUUCAAAAGAGAGAAAGGAAAGAAAGAUGUAAACGAUGCAGGAAAAUCCCAACCAACCAUAGACAAUAAGAACUUGGAUAAUUUCCACAAAGAAAAGCAGAACGAUGAAGUCGACCUCGCAGAAAGCCUUCCUGAUGUAAGAGCUAAGGACAAACAACCCUCGACGAUUCGAAAGCAAGUUGAGAGAGAGUCGAAGCAAACUAUGGAGGAAAACAGUUUGGCUGAUAUUGCCAUUAAAAAGAAAAACGAGAAAAGCAAGAACGUUGAAAACGUCAAAGAUAACAUCGGUCAGAACGAAAAAGAAAACACCUUCAAUAAUAGAGUCCAUUGUGUGAAGGGCCCAAAAGAAUUUCGUCAGGAUUUCAUAUUGGGUGUAACUCCCAAUAAAACAGAAAAGAAUUCUCAUAAAACAAAACAAAAAGCAUUAUCUGAACUUUGCGAACGUUUGGGUUUUAAAAAAAAACUUACAUUGAAACAUGCACGUACUGUUGCAACGUUUACUGACGAAGAACUGACUUCUCAUGACCAAAUUCCCAGCUAUAUUCUUAAAAUGUUAAUGAUGGCUAAUCACCAAGCACGUGAAUUUAAACUGGAACCAUUAAAAAAAAGUAAAGUUAUUAUAAAAUCAAAUAAUGGUACUGGUGUAAGUGAUAGCGAUGACGAGGAUGAAGAUGAGAUUGAAUCAGAUAAAGUCGAAAAUAAAAGUUUUGAAGAUGAAGAUGAUUCCGAUGAUAGUGAUAGUGAUAACGAAAGUGAAGCUGUGGAAGGAAUUAACCCUAUGGAUGCUUUGAUAGGACUUUUCCAUAGUUCAGACGAUUUUUUGCGACGGGAUCUAGCUGUAAAACUUAGUGUAUGUCAGCUUAGCGUUCCUUUCAUUUUACCUUAUCCUGAUGAUCCAGCAAAAAACCCAACUGUCUUGCUUUCGGCGUUGGAAAAUAUAACAAAAUCUUGGAAAGAUGCCACUUCCGAAGAUUCUGCUAAAGUUGUCUACGCAACUGAACAUCCGUUUCCUGUAGUGUCUUUUAUCCGGCUGGGAAAUGUGACCAUGUCCAAAUCGUCCCUAAUGAACAAGAUUAUAAGUGAUGGUAAUGGUGAUCAUGAUUUCUUUUUUCAUAAAAACAUCAAAGGUGGCGAUGUGGAAAGGAAAGUCGUGCAAGGUUUAGUGGAACUUGUGUGGUAUCUUCCUGGAGGAAACAAGAAGAACUCGUUGCAAAAUGAAAUUUGUUUUACCAAUUUACGUGGAGAUGCUCAGAGUUUCAAGAAGCAAGUUAAUGUACUUCGAGAGAUAUCAAACAUUUUGUGUAUCUUAUUGCCUUCAAAAAUGCCUGACGAACGCACGAAAAUUUUUUUGGAUGAAGCUAUAAUGUCUGAAGGUAAAACACUGCUGAUUUUUAACGAAAAAAGGCAAAAAGAAGUGAAGAAGUACUACAAAGACUUAGAGAAGUAUCAUCGAACAAGAUUGUCUUCCUGUACAAAAGCAUCUAAAUCGAAUGAAUAUGAAUUUUUCAAUUAUAUUUGCAAGGUUAUACAAAGCAAUAUAAAAAAGGCUGAAGACAUUAACAAGCAAGAAAGUAAACUGAAAUCUUUAGCAAAUUUCAAAUGCCACUCAAAGGAAAGUGGUGUUUACUUUGAUGACGACCCAGCUUAUGCCAAAUUAGAAAAAAUUGUGGAAACUUGGAUUUCUGAUGGGAUUCAAAAUGCAAAAAACCUGUUUAAGCUACAAGGUCAUGUACCUAUUUUAGCAGAUUUAGAAAAAAAGAUACAUAAUCCAAAAUUUCGUCCCACUAUUAAAGACGUUGUCAAUGAAUUGUACAAAGAACGGGAAAAUGAAAAAAAGGUUCAGAUUGAAUCUUUCAAUAGUAUGAACAAAGAUGUUAUUAAUUUUCUUAAUUCCAUAACUGCAAUGAAAGAACGGGAACUGAAUAGAAAUUUGCAUCAUUUGAAGUAUUUAUUAGACAAAGCUUCUUUAUCUGUGAUGGCGGAUUUACAUCAAAAAUAUCGUCGGGCAUUACUUUCUGUUAAAGAACCUACCAAAAAUAUGCACAAUGAUAAGCCAGAUUCACAAACCGAGGAAGAAAAGAAUUUAAAUGAACUGGAAGAAUUGAUAUUAAAGUCUUCAUUUGGUUUGGAGCAUAUCAUUAGAGAGGUUGCCCAACUUUAUCAGCUUCCUGAUAUUCCAGUGAAUGAUUAUGCAGGUGCUGCAGCAAAAAUUCUUCUUUCCGGAGAGCCUUUGGAAUUGCUGGAUGGUGAUUCAAGUUACAUACCAAUGAAAUGGUUUAAUGAUGUUUAUGAAGAAUUAGAAAAGCAAACAAAUAACGCUAGCAUUUACGUCAUUUCUGUGUUAGGUAUUCAAAGUUCCGGUAAAUCGACAAUGUUAAAUACAAUGUUUGGCUUACAAUUUCCUGUAAGUGCAGGAAGAUGUACUCGUGGUGCUUUUGCUAGUCUUGUUCCACUUAGCCAACAACUUCAAUGUGACUCAAAUUUUGAAUAUGUGUUGAUCAUCGAUACUGAAGGUCUGAAAGGAAUGGCUGACCCAAAAGUGAGAGAACACGAUAAUGAACUUGCAACAUUUGCUAUUGGUAUGGCGGAUGUCACGAUUGUCAAUAUCUUUGGUGAAAACUAUAAUGAAAUGAAAGAAUUUUUGGCGAUGGCUGUUCAUGCUUUUUUCAAAAUGAAACUUGUGAAAGACAAGAAAUCAUGCAAGAUCGUCCAUCAAAAUGUUGCUGCUGAUGACGCUGCAGAUAAGUUAAUGAUGGAUAGGCAAAAUCUAAAACAAAAUCUAGACCAUAUGGUAAGGCUUGCAGCAAUACAAGAAAAUUGUGAAGAUCAAUUUGAAAAGUUAGAUGACAUCAUUGCAUUUGAUGAAAAUAAAGACGUAUUUUACAUACCAAGUCUAUUGAAAGGAAGUCCUCCCAUGGCUCCGAUAAACCCAAAUUAUGGUAGAGACUUGCAAAAAGUAAAGGAGAAUAUUAUUCAGCUAAUGUGCUCAAAAGAAGUGGUCAAGCUAACUGUUUCUUCAUUCCGUAAUCGAGUUAAAGGUCUAUGGCAAGCCAUGCUAAAGGAAAACUUCAUUUUCAGUUUCCGAAAUGUGAUCGAAAUCAGAGCUUAUGCAUCAUUAGACAAAAAACUUUUCAAAGAAUUAGUAAAACUAAUGGUAAAUGGAAUGGAUGAAAUUGAGAGAAAUAUUGAAAGAGACAUGAAAAGAUGCACUACACGAGAAGAACGAAAGGAAUGUUGGAUGAGCAGUAAAAAACGUAUAUUUGCAAAGGCAGAAGAACUCAAAACAAAAAUGGAGAAAGAAAUGCAGACGUUUUUUGAAAGCAGUGAAGAUAAAUCUACCCUUGAACAAUGGAAAGAAGACGUGAUGGAUAAAAUUAAAAGAUACAAACGAAAUCAGGAAGCGUCUGUUAUAGAAAAUUGUGAGGCAACCUUCCACCAUCUGCAGCAAAAACAAGAUGUUGAAGAAAUGAAAAAAAAUUAUGAGAAACAACUUCUGGACAGAGCAAAAAAAUUAGUGUCAACUCAAAAAACAAAUGACGAAGAAGAAUGUAAAGCAGCAUUUCAAAAAGGAUGGAAACAAUGGAUUAGCGAAGUUCCCAAUUGUGAGGAUGUUCCCCGUGAUGUUAAUGCAUAUAUGGUUGAUGUCCUUCUACCAGAAAAUUCUGAUCUUAAUGCUGAGAUGUUAGCGAAACUAGAACCAAAAAACGAUGGUGUGUCAACGGCAUAUGAUAUCAAAAAUAAAGUUAUCUCUCAAGGAAAGCAGUUUGCAGAGAGAGUUUCCAACAAAGCUGUUAGAUUUACUAUAAAUGAUCUUAAAGCAAUGUACUAUGAAAUCAUUUCUACUAUUGAUAAAGAAGAAGAGAAACAAAACAUGAAGUUUAAAAAACCAUUAGUAUGUGACAUACUGUUAUACACAUUUGCCCGUGCCUUUCCUAUUUUUGAUAAAAUGGAAGAGCGUUAUGUUGAAGAGCGUGAUAUUCGACAGAAUCUUGAAAAAACAUUAAGACCAAGGCUGGAAAAGUAUUUUAUCAACCUUUGCAAAGAGAUGGAGAAAGAAGUUUUGGCUGCCACGUCAUUGGUUGAUGUGCUUCGUGAGCCUGUAAUGUCAGAACUUAACAAAGGCAUUGUAGCAGCAGUUGAUACUAAGCUUUCGACGAAGAGCAUGUUUUUAAGCAAGGCUCACUUUCAUGCCAGUGUUUUGAUUCAACUUGGAGAAAACCCUAGUUUUGAAUUGUUUGUUCCUUAUUUGGAGAAUCCUAUUCAAUUUUUGGAAAACAAAUUAAAGGAGUACGUGGAAGACUUUUGCUUGAACACAGGAUCGAAAUUGGUGCGAUCUCUGUUAAAACAUGAAGGAGAGAAGCUGAAGUCAAAUAUUUUUUCUGCCAUUGAAGACGCAAAUGAGCAAGCUAGACAUGAAAUCGAACAAGGAAGCGAGAGUUGGAAAGUAACGAAUUGGAUUAAAAAGUUUGUGGAACAGUGUUCUUCUCUUGCCAUUACGACAGAAAUGUUUGGUGUCGCUGCAAUGGAUGAAGAUUUAAAAGAAACUGAUUUAUUUGACAAAGAAGUUCGUGAGUUAGUCGAAAACUUUGUGCAAUCCCUUACUGAUGCUAAAUUGGAUAGUGAAACUAUUAGUAAUUGGCAGCCAGCACCCCACGAAAGGCGUUCAAAGUUACUGUUUGGGUGUCAGGCUGUUUGUCCAUUUUGUAAAGCUUUGUGUGAUCAGACUGUGGAGCAAUCAAAACAUUCAGACGAUGGUAAAAACGUGACAGAAAUACAUCAACAAUACUCGACCAAAAUACACCGUCCUCUGGCUUUGGCAGCUGGAAAUGACACAUUUAAUAACAUUGACACAAAUUGGAAACCGCAUCUCUACAAAAGUUAUCAGUCAGUAAACGAUUACUACAAAUCGUGGAAAAUUCCUCCAGAUCGCUCAUUUGAAGCUUCUAAAUAUUGGCAAUGGUUCAUGGUAAAGUUCUCGAAACAAUUGGCGGAACAUUAUGAAGCAAAGGAAGCAAAAAUACCUUCGUGUUGGAAAAAUGUGACCUUAAGUGAGGCCGUAAAACAACUGAAGGAGGAAUACAACUUAUAA